UAAAUCUAACUGAUACACACCCUCUCUCCAGAGAGCAUGAGAGGGUCCUGGAACUGUUAACGAUGGCUGGGGUUUCUACUUCUUGCUUAACUCUCUCUUCCAGAAGCAAGUUCCGGACUCAUCAUGCGAGAAACAUCCCAGGGAAAACUAAUUGUUGGAGAAAGCUUGGAAUUAGAGCUGAAGUGAAUUAUGUGAAUGCAGAAGAAGCAAAGAAACUCGUAGCAGCUGAAGGAUAUGUUGUACUGGAUGUGCGGGACAUAACUCAAUAUGAACGAGCUCAUAUAAAAUCAUGUUAUCACGUGCCUCUUUUCAUUGAAAACCAAGACAAUGAUUUGGGCACUAUCAUAAAAAGGACUGUGCACAACAAUUUUUCGGGUUUGUUCUUUGGAUUGCCAUUUACGAAGCCCAAUCCUGAAUUUGUAGAAUCUGUAAAGGGCCAGUUUUCACCUGACAGUAAACUGUUACUUGUAUGCCAGGAAGGGUUAAGGUCUACAGCAGCAGCCAAUAAAUUAGAGCAAGCUGGUUUCCAAAACAUAGCAUGCAUAACAUCAGGGCUUCAAUCUGUGAAACCAGGAACAUUUGAUUCUGAAGGCUCCACAGAGUUACAAAAUGCUGGCAAAGCUGGUUUGAUCACUAUUCAAGGGAAGAUAUCAGCUGUACUUGGAACAGUACUUAUCUGUGCAUAUUUAUUCAUCACCUUCUUCCCAGAGCAGGCAGAGAAGCUGUUUCAACUGGCCCCAGCUAGUUAAAUCCCACGUUUGUGCAUUUGUUAUGGUUGAAAAUACAUAGGUGCUCAAAAACUACCUUCGUAAGAUCCGAACUAGAGAGGAGAGAGAGGGAGGGAUGUUUGUGGCAAUCUGUAAGCAAUCAUAUGCAGAUUUUACUCUUCAUUUGAGUACAUCAAAUUUCUUUAUGCAAUCAGAUUGUUUAAUUAUAGACA